UUCAUGUCCACACCCUUCUCUUCUUCUUAUCUCCUUCUCUGAUCACCUUCCCCAUCCCUAAUCUGGUUUUCCCAACUUCUUCUGAUCUUCUUACUAUAUAUAUACACACAGACUUUUGUAAUUAAACCAAAACCAUAUUUACACACACAUUUAUAUAUGUGUGUAUUUGUAUGGGUUUUUGGAGUUUGAAGAAUUGAUGGAUCUGAUAUGAUGUGAAAUUUUAAGAAGCGGAUAGAUAAGAGGAGGGAGAUGGAGAUGGAGUUUGAUGAGGAGCGCGAAGAGGAGAUGGAGAUGGAGGAAAUAGAGGAAGCUGGGGAUUAUCAGACGCCGGCGGGGAGAGGAUUGGAAGGUGCUCCGGCGAGGAAGAGCGGCGGGGGAAGCGCGGCGGCGGCGGCGACGACGACGAAUUAUCGGUAUAAAGAGUGUUUGAAGAACCAUGCGGUGGGGAUUGGGGGGCACGCGGUGGACGGUUGCGGCGAGUUUAUGCCGGCGGGGGAGGAAGGGAGUUUGGACGGGCUGAAAUGCGCGGCGUGCAAUUGUCACCGGAACUUUCACCGGAAAGAGGCGGCGGAGAGUGAGGGGUACGCGCGGCACCAAAGUCCCAGCCCUCAUCAUCAUCAUAACCUCCACCCGCUCCACCACCACCACCACUUCUCCACGUUCUCCUCCUACCGGGCCCCACACCCGUCCGGCUACCUCCACGUCACCCCGCCGUCUCACCACGGCCAGCUGGCGCUCCCCUCCUCGUCCCGCGACGAGGAGGACAUGUCGAAUCCCAGCAGCAGCGGCGGCGGCGGCGGUUCGAAGAAGCGGUUCCGGACGAAGUUCACGGCGGAGCAAAAAGACAAAAUGCUGGCGCUGGCGGAGCGGUUGGGGUGGCGCAUACAGAAGCAGGACGAGGCCGCCGUGCAGCAGUUUUGCGCGGAGGCGAACGUUAAACGCCACGUGUUCAAGGUCUGGAUGCACAACAACAAACACACCCUCGGUAAAAAACCCUAAUUUCAUAAGCUUUCAUCUUCUUCUUCAAAUCACCAGUACUGAGAGACCUCCCAUGGCGGCUACCUACCUACCUACCUAUUCAAAUGGAAAUGCCAUUAUUAUUUAAUUAACCUUCCAAAUCAUCAAUUCAGAACACUCAGAUUAAGAAACUAUUUAGUUUAGGGUUCCUUAAUCUCCUAUCCAAUCAUCUAAUUCCAUCCUUUAAUUAACCACCCACUUCUCGAUCUUUCCCCCCUUAAUUUUGUAUCUUUUCUGUAGACUGUAAUACAGUACCGAUUAAUGAGUUUCAAGAUCAUCAUUUCUUCAUCUAAA